UCUGAAGGUGACUGACGGCCGAGCGACGGCCAGUGCUGAGAGGUGUCUAAUCGAAUAGAGCGAAGUCAUCCUCUUCGCUCAUAAACCGUGAACUCAGGACACUUGUGGUAGUAUUCUACGAAGACUUAUUGUCUAGCCCAGCCAUCGUUACACUUGUGGUGAUCAGUUGGCCUCAGCACCUGCAUCUGUCAAUAUCAUCGCUCCUGACUACAAUGAAGGGAGGUGAGCUCACCCUCGGCCAGCGCGGACACUGAUUUUACGGCGACUCAGCCAGCCUGUCAUCUGGUCCCGUUAAUCUCCUAAACUGCCGACGCUCACUCCUCCCUGCGACAUUGGCCCCGAGGGACGGACACGCGCUCUGUAAGGGCAGAGAGCCGCCAAUCGGCCCGUCGAUAGGGUGUGGAACGGCCGGCGCGCGUGUCACCUCGCCGUCGGCGGCGACGGAGCGAGCGUUUUUAAACUAUUCGCCGGUCGUCAUGGGUGGAUCGAUCCUGCGGCCGUGAGCUCGAUUCGGCGACCCCGCGGCAGCCGGCUGGACCCGACCCUCGACCGUUCGACAGAGGGUUUGUGCCUGAUCAAACCGCGCGGUCGUCGCCGGCUUGGCAAUGGAACGGCGCCGACAACUGUUUGGUAUGGGCCGGAAGCCCCGCUCGGCGGCUUAGAGCGCUGAUGAAGACAGCCGAAGCCGUCAUAUGGUCGGGGGCCGCUCGCUCGGGCACGCCGAGCACGAUCGGCUAAAUCAACUAGAGCUUGGCUCGACCGCGCUCGGCGCGGCACGUCUUUUGAGCCGGAUCUUCGCACUAUCCGCAGCCGACGGCCCCGAACGGCCCUCCAUCGAGCGGACAUCGCCGGCGACCGGUCACGGAGCACCGAGUUCAGCCGAGCGAGCCGCAGAACGUGAGCUGUCGCACCUCCGAGGUCGGCCUCUGAGCCCCUGAACGCCGGUCUGUGUGACCCGUACUCGAGUCUCUCCAGUGGGAACUGAAACUGCCAGCGGCAGCCGGCCGGACGCGCGCCGGCCCUGGGACGCACCGCGGCCGCCGCCGGCGGACCAUGGCAUGGCUGAGGCGGGUGUGACCUCGGGCGCACUCACCCAGCUUCCUGUGCUGCUCGCACGGCCAUCGGUGAACGCGUCGCCGGCCACCGAGAUCGGUCCGCUGGCCAACGCGUCACUGCUGGGUGCCGACCUGGCCCGCGUCUCGCUGCUCGCUCAGGCGCUCAAGAUCGGCGCCAUGACGGCCGUCAUUCUUCUCUCGGUGCUGGGAAAUCUGCUGGUGAUCGUCAGUGUCCUACUACACCGAAGGAUACGAGUCGUAGCCAACUACUUUGUGAUGUCGCUCGCGUUUGCCGAUAUGCUGGUGGCGCUGUGUGCUAUGACGUUCAACGCCAGCAUCCAAAUCACCGGCCGAUGGAUGUUCGGCUACGUCAUGUGCGACAUGUGGAACUCGUUAGACGUAUUCUUCAGCACGGUCAGCAUCCUGCACUUGUGCUGCAUCAGCGUGGACCGCUACUUCGCCAUCCUGCGGCCGCUCGAGUACCGCACCCACAUGAACAAGCGGACGGUGGCGGCCAUGUUGGCGGCGUCGUGGACCACGCCAGCAGUAAUAUCAUUCCUGCCCAUCUUCCUCGGCUGGUACACGACGUCCGAGCACCUGAGCUACCGCGCGCGCCACCCGGACACGUGUGAGUUUAUCGUCAACGAGGUGUACAUGCUGGUGUCGUCGAGCGUGUCGUUCUGGAUCCCGGGCGUGGUCAUGGUGGUGAUGUACAGCCGCAUCUACCAGGAGGCGCGCAAGCAGCACCGCGCCAUCAGCCGCACGCCGAGCACCAUCAACUUCCACAGCACCGACUGCGCCGUGCCGCUGGACGACAUCACAGAGGAGGAGCUCACCCUGGCGCUCUCCGCGCUCAACAACAUCCGCGACGACCCGACGGGCGGCACCGGCGGUACCGGCGGCGGCGGCGGGGGUGGCGGCGGCGGGGGUAAUUCGCCCUCCACUAACGGCGCGACGCCGUCGGGUGGGGCGCGCGCGCCCACGCACCUACCGCCGCGCUUCCUGCACAAGAAGGCGUCCAGCGUGUCCUUCUUCAGCGAGUCGGCCACGUCCGACCUGCGCAAGUCGUCCAACACAUCGCGUCUGUGUCGGCUGCGCUACUCCACCAGCCACAUGCUGCGCGAGCACAAGGCGGCCAAAACGCUGGGCGUCAUCAUGGGCUGUUUCGUGCUGUGCUGGCUACCGUUUUUUACCUGGUACGCGGCGGCGACUCUGUGCGGCUCUGCGUGCUCCGUGCCGCCGGUGUUGGUCGAUGUACUGUUUUGGAUCGGCUAUCUGAACUCCACACUGAACCCGAUGAUAUACGCGUACUUCAACACCGAGUUCAGGGACGCAUUUCGCGAGACUCUGACGCUGGUGCUGUGCUGCCGGUCAGUGAGGCCAAGCGGGUCGUACGAGGCGCGGAACGGGUCGCACCCGACGCGUGCCGACCGAGCCAGUGGCAGUGGCGGAGCUGGGGGAGGAGGAAGUUCGGGCGGCGGUGGCGGAACCUCCACGGACCGCCCUCUCGAGCUGGUCGUUGCCUCAUGAUGGGGCUGCUAGUGGGGCAGACGUCCGCCCGGAUUCAUGUCGUUGGGCUCGUUGUCGGAGCCGAAUUUUGUAAGCAUCGCCACAAUGAGACCACUGGCUGACUGGUCAGAGACAGAGAGUGAGUCUUUCGAUGGCAAUGUUGAAGAGAGCUUAGUGCCCUGGAGACCUGACAAUGAAAAGGACGCUUAUCGAACUCCCGGCGCUGUUAGGAACGGGUAGCGAAGGCUGAUGGGGCUGUAAACGUGAGACUAUUUUUACAUUGCUGGCGGUAACGAGCGAGUGAAAUCUGUUAUCUGUUUCGCGUCACGCCCGGUCAGCGCUCAGUGCACCCAGCGGAGUCAUUGGCGUCGCUGUGCCGUGCUAUCUGUCGAACCCACCACCGCCCCGCAUGGCGGACCCAUCAGAUACCUGCAACCGAGCUCUACAUAUGUAUUGAUUUUCAUUCAAGCAUUAACGGGACGUUGAAUCGUGAUUAGCGGGCCGAGGUGACACGACGCGACACCGAGCCAGUGGGGUCCAGGGAAGGGGGAGGGGGAGGGGGGCGAUAACGAGAAGGGUGGAGAAGAACAAACAGAACCGCGGCGGCCCGCCGUGGUCGGCCGACAACACGCGCAGUGUGAGCCGAGCCGCGGUGCACGAGGGGUGCGCGGAGUGUUUCUCGCGCGGCGCGCGCGACGAACGCGAUAUAAGUGCGCGGUUUGGUGUACGGAAUAACAGGACAACAUCAACGGAGCGACAGGAGACGGACGCAGGA